AUGGACAGAAAACCCGGUUACCUCACAAAAAAUCCACAAGACGCAGUUAAAGAUCUCAAGUGGAUCAAGGUUGUCGGUAUUGGAAAUGCCAAUGUUGGGAAAACUUGCCUGAUUAAACACUUUUGUGAGAGUAAGUUUUGUGGUGGAUACCAGCCAACAGUUGGUGUUGAUUAUGGAUUCAAGAUCCAACAUGUGGACGGAGUUGAUUUACGUGUUCACCUGUGGGAUCUCUCAGGCAGCCCAGAGUAUAUUGAUGUUAGAAAUGAACUCUACCUCCAGACUGAUGCUAUCUUUAUGGUGUAUGAUGUCACGAAUCAAGCCUCAUUUGAAGCAUUGGAUGUCUGGAUGAAGGAAGUCAACAAAUACAGUACAUCUGGUCCUGAAAUACGAUUGGUCGGAAAUAAGAUUGAUAUUAAGAACAAGCGUCAAGUUGAAAAGGAUGAAGCAAAAAAAUGGGCAACACAGAAUAAAAUGGUUGGUUAUUAUGAGACAUCUGCCUCCACUGGUGAAGGGAUUGAUUCAUUAUUCCACGAUAUGCUGUGCUCCAUAAUUGAGAGAAAGAAACUUUAUAAAAAGUCAGUGUCGCUAUGA